UAAAAAACAGUAACAGUCGUUGAAACGAAAAAACGGUGUGAAAAUCCUCAGAAAAAAAUUGAAAAAUCGUUCAAAAAAAGCCGAUCGACCUCAAAAAGACCGUCAAAAUGACGACAAUGUACAGUUUACGCCCGAUAAUCCAUCACGACGAAUUGCCGGAACGAUCGAGUGAUUGCAUGUACGAAAUGAAAAAUAUUCAUCGCAAUGGCCACACGAGGCAGGACUGCAGGAUCGACUCGAAUGUCACAUCGCAGGUUAUCAACUAUCUCAAGAGUCCUCUCCCUGAAGUUAAAGCUCUGGAGACGAGGCAGGAGAAGAUCCUGGUGCAAUUGGCAGAGCUGAAGGCUCAAGUGCUGAGUCUCUGUGAUGUCCUGAAGUCGAACGAGAAUCCCAAGAGCCCGAGAAAAUCCAAAAGGGAACCCGUGACUGCGGAUUUCGUGGUGAACGUCAACCCCGAGAGCCCUGCCUACUCCCUUCUGGCGCUAAAAAAACUCUGGAGUGACGUGGACUUCAGAAUAGAACCCUUCCAGCAUUCCAGUGUCCAAGGAGUGAUUCCUGAAGGAUUUGGGAGGACCAGAGGAUGUGGAGAGAGUGUCAUCAGCAUCUCGUUGAUUUGGAAAAAAGUGAACAAUGCAGAAUUGGUGCUCUCUAGUCUCCACGAGUCGAGAAUUUUGGGUGAAGUGAAUCUCCUCAGGUACCUCUCAAGACUCCUGGACAACCACGACUCCCUCCCUCCGGAGGAAGCCACAAAAAUCGAUGGAAUUCUCGACCUCUCCCACCAACUCGUCUCCCAGGACAAUUUAAAAAUCAAACUAUCAAUCAUAAAUAUUCUGGAUAAGAAAAUAACCAAUGGAAAUUGGUUCUCCACUCGUAAAACUCCUGGAAUCGGAGACGUCGCUGUCUGGUCAGCCCUCAAACAAAUUUCCCCGAAAUCUCUUCCCUCAAAUCUCGCCAGUUGGUACCAGAAAUGCGAGAAGAGUCUCAAUGUCUGAACCCAUGAAAUCCCAUUUUUAUAAUUAAUAGACAAAUGGAUAUUCUCAUAAAUUUAAUAAAUCGCUUUUUAUUAAAGGUAAUAACAUGUACGAAAAGAAAACAUUUCUUAAAUUUACUUAUUGAUUGAUAAGUAUUCCUGCUAUAAUUAUUUAUAAAUAGAGAAAUUGAACUAAACGUUGAAAUGGUGGGCAGUGAUUGGACCCCUGAUAAUAGCAGGGCUGAGGGUGGGGCAAAAUGGAUAAUUUAUUAAAAUUCGAAAUAUCCAUGACCCAAGGGGAAAGUAAUCAUGAAAAAGAACCAAAGAAAAAUCAUUAAUUGCGAUUAAUUUACAAUUUAACAGUAAAUGAAAAAGUUAAUUAAUUCAAAAAGUUGAAGUGGAGUCCAUUCUGCCCCUAAUUAAUAGAAAAAUUUGUAAAUUCAGCCUUUUUCCUACCCUCCCGAGGAUAUUGGUCCUAAAGAUUUAUUUAUCAACUAAUUACUAAUUAAAUCUGUCUCGUAUGUGUUGGACAAAUGAAAUUCUCCUCCAAUAAUCAAAUAAAAAUAAAUCUUCAGUCAA